GCGUUGCUUUUACCCGGCCAAACCUGUCGUACUACACAUUCCUUCACAUUUUGGGUCCACAAUCGAAAUGACUAAGCCUAAGUCAAGAACUAUCUCAGCACCUUUUGACGCACGGCAUGUCGGUGGCGUGAGCAUACCAGGAGCGACAGUGCCUAUUGUUGGCAUCGAACGCUCCUCUACCUCAUUGGAGCCGGACAACGCGCCCUCGCAUACAUUUGUAGCCCACGGCAACAUUGAAGUGCCUCGAAGAUCCCACACGAUUGCUUCAACGCUAGGCCGGCCAAGCUUGACGCUGAAGACUUCCAUAUCGCUGUUGAGGGGGCGGUCGAAUUCGAAUGCUCAGGCACCUGAGCCAACAGACGGGAGCUUGAAAGGCGAGAUGUCAGUACAUAGUUUAAGAAAGAAGACGAGCACAUCACGGUUCUGGCAGAAGGCGCACCACGAAUCACCAGUGGCAGAGUCUCCAAAAGAAGACAAAGGGGCGAUGAGGGCAUUCCCGCCGCACAAGGAAACACCUGUUCUUAGGACCAAGCCUUCUCAUCCAUUUAUGCCCUCCUUACCGACAGCAAAUCCAUAUGUGUAUCAGGCCCCACCAGUGCCUUCGCCUCCGCCACCACCGGCCUCUGAGUUGCGACAGACUCCACCACAGAGGGCACCCACUCAGAAGAAGCUUCCCGUUGUUCGAUCGAAGCGUGCAGACUCAGGGACAGCCAUAGAUUUCGAUGAUGUGCCGGCUGAAGAGCGACCACUGGGCUUUCGAGAAAUCCUAGCCGUUUCUAGCUUCUCGGAAAGAAUGGCUCUCUACAAGAAGACGAGGGACUAUUGGGCGCAUGCCGACCACGGCUUGGUUGAGUGGGUGGAUAGGUCAAGACCAAGGCCAUCGUUCCGAGUGUAGCCGUCCGCCGUAAGGGCGAUUACGAUUCGAUGUUCGCUUAGGUUCUGAAAGGCAUGAACCUCAUGGAGAAGUGGGGAAUUCUCGAGGGAAGCUUCUCCCUUCUCCCUUCUUUCUUCUUGAAAACAUCCAGUGAUGUAGCACGCAUCCAAUAAAGUUUAAUCCGAUACCCCUUGUAUAGCGCUGGUAGCUAUGUUACAUGUAUAUUAUGCUUGAGCGUUUGGAUUUCAUUGGGGUUCAAGAGGGAUAGAUGUCAGCGUAUGGUACUUUACGAAGAGAUGUGCUAGCAUCGCAAGGGACACUCAAGAGGGUGCGAUGAGCUACGAGGAUAUAAGAAGUCACUCGUUUCAUCUUUGCUCUUUCUCACUGUCCUAAUCAUCGUUGAAAUACGAGCAGGAUUGCACGUG